AUGAGCCAAACCAGCAACAUGUCAGCUCACCUGGCUCUCGACCGCGCUGCUCUGGAGGAGUUUGUCACGCACCGAGUCUCGCGCGAGAUGGUGACGUACCUGGCCCAACAGGCUUCACAGGUCAUCCGAUGCGAGGCCCAUGUGACCAACACCGUCAGCCAGCAAGGCCAACCCACGCCGCCCUCUACACCUCCCAUGGACGCCGCCGAUUCCCUGCCACCUCUCCCUUCCAUAGAAGCCUUCAUUGCAUCCCUCGUCGCCCGGUCGCAGGUCCAGGGCAUGCGAUGCACUGUCCACCGGAUCUUCCUUGCUUCGCUGAUCCUUGCCGCCAAAAAUCUGAAUGACUCUAGCCCGAAGAACAAGCAUUGGGCUCGGUAUACUGUUGUGAAGGGAUUUGACGCAUUUGGCUUCUCGCUGCCCGAGGUAAACUUGAUGGAGCGUCAGCUGCUCUUCCUGUUGGACUGGGAGACUCGUGUCACAGAGGAGGAUCUCUUGACUUAUCUGGAUCCUUUCUUGGCUCCUAUCCGUCACCGUAUGGAGCAGGAGCGUCUGCGGAAAAUUGAGGAAGAGAACCAGUUGAAGCAACAUCACCGACGACGUAUCGGUUCCCCCGCGGAUCUGCUGGCCAGCCGCCUGCGGCGUCAGAAGCUGGAGGCCCGCGUUGAUAGUCGCCGCAACGGCGAACUCACUGGCCUGCGUCGGCUCCCUAGCCACGUCUCCUGCCCUGCCAUGCACAACACUCAAAGCUCCCCUCAGUCUCUCGCUGAUCUUGAGCGAUACACACCAUACCACCGUCACCGCACAUCCCCCAACCGACCUGGGCGGUCUAUCUCGCCGCCUUCCAUCCGGGAUGUCCCUGGUCUCUCGCACGCGGAGACUUUCAACUCGCUUUGCUCUCGCUCAUCAAGCGCGGCCCCUAGUUCCCGCGGCACCCCUGCCAGCAUCAGCACUUGCUCCUCUCACGGCACUGACGAUGUCACGAUGAUCACUGAUACCAACACUAGCCCGUCUGUCUCCUCAUUGACUUACAGCUUUGUCAAUGUCGACUCGAAGCAGCAAUUUGAGCCCGUUCGCCAGCCUAGUAAGAAGAUGAAGGUCUCAGGCCACGGCCACGGCGGUGGCUUUGUCGCGCGGUUCUUGGCUUCGGCGACUGGCUCAUACAUGGGGAGCCGCAUCGGUCGGCCUCACGCAUAA